UGGCGUCAUCAACACGCGCCGCCUGUCGCUCGACGAGUCUGUCGGGGCAACGAUGUCGCCGCCGCCGUUGUUCAGCCUGCCCGAGGCGCGUUUACGCUUCACGAACUCUACUCGAGAUGCGCUCAAGAACAAAACCAUUAAACCUUUAUUGAGUGCAUUCAGCCAGAUACCUGGAAGUGAAAAUGAAAAAAAGCUGACCUUGGAUCAAGCCUUCAGAGUUGCCCUAGAAGAAGAGAUUAUAAACAAAGCCUGCUGUGAAAAUGUCCUGUCUAUCAUCUCUCUUGUUAUUAAUGGGGUCACAGAAGGUAUCUGCACUGCAUCAACACCUUUUGUGCUUUUGGGAGAUGUUUUGGAUUGUCUUCCUCUGGACCAAUGUGACAAAAUUUUCACCUUUGUAGAAAAAAAUGUAACUACAUGGAAAUCUAAUACAUUUUACUCAGCAGGAAAGAAUUAUUUGCUAAGAAUGUGCAAUGACCUUUUAAGAAGAUUAUCUAAAUCACAAAAUACAGUGUUUUGUGGAAGAAUUCAACUAUUCCUGGCUAGAUUAUUCCCACUUUCAGAAAAAUCAGGGCUUAAUUUGCAAAGUCAAUUUAAUUUGGAAAACAUUACAGUUUUUAAUACCAGCGAGCAAGAGAGCACACUUGGACAGAAGCAUGUUGAGGAGAGAGAUGAAGGAAUGGAAGUAGAGGAAGGUGAAAUGGGAGAUGAUGAAGCUCCCACAAGUAGCUCCAUUCCAAUAGAUUACAACCUGUACCGAAAAUUCUGGUCACUUCAAGAUUACUUUAGAAAUCCUGUACAAUGUUAUGAAAAGGUCUCAUGGAAAACAUUUCUUAAGUAUUCUGAAGAGGUUUUGACUGUCUUUAAAAGCUACAAGUUGGAUGACACCCAAGCUUCAAGAAAAAAAUUAGAAGAACUGAAAACUGGAGAGGAACAUGUUUACUUUGCCAAAUUCCUCACAAGUGAGAAGUUAAUGGAUUUACAGCUAAGUGACAGCAACUUCCGUCGUCAUAUUCUGUUGCAGUAUUUAAUAUUAUUCCAGUAUCUAAAGGGUCAGGUGAAAUUUAAGAGUUCAAACUAUAUUCUAACUGAUGAGCAAUCCCUGUGGAUUGAAGAUACUACAAAGUUGGUUUAUCAGCUUCUUUCAGAAAAUCCUCCAGAUGGAGAGAGAUUCUCAAAAAUGGUGGAGCACAUAUUAAACACAGAAGAAAACUGGAAUUCUUGGAAAAAUGAAGGCUGUCCAAGUUUUGUGAAAGAAAGACCAAGCGAUUCCAAGCCAAUUAGACCAUUUGUGCGAAAAAGACCAGCUCCUGAGGACUUCCUAGGAAAAGGACCUAACAAAAAAAUUCUGAUGGGGAAUGAAGAGUUGACUCGGCUCUGGAAUUUAUGCCCUGAUAACAUGGAAGCUUGUAAAUCAGAGAGCCGAGAAUAUAUGCCAACAUUAGAAGAGUUCUUUGAAGAGGCGAUAGAACAGGCAGAUCCUGAAAACAUGGUUGAUAAAGAGUUUAAGGUUGUGAAUAAUUCUAAUUAUGGCUGGAGAGCACUAAGAUUAUUGGCACGCAGAAGUCCUCACUUCUUUCAGCCAACCAACCAGCAGUUUAAGAGUUUACCAGAAUACCUUGAAAACAUGGUCAUCAAAUUAGCUAAAGAACUACCUCCUCCUUCUGAAGAAAUUAAAACAGGAGAGGAUGAAGAUGAGGAAGAUAAUGAUGCUUUAUUAAAGGAAAACAAUGAAAGUCCAGAUGUUCAACGGGACAAACUUGUAACAGGAGAACAAAUAGAGUUAUUUGCUAAUAAGCUUGGGGAAUACUGGAAAGUUCUGGCACCUUACCUGGAAAUGAAAGACUCUGAUAUAAGGCAAAUUGAAUCAGAUAGUGAAGAUGUGAAGAUGAGAGCUAAGCAACUGCUUGUUACUUGGCAAGAUCAAGAAGGGAUCCAUGCUACUAUGGAAAAUUUGAUUACUGCACUGAACAAAGCUGGAUUAAAUGACCUUGCUGAAGGCCUAACUAAUGACACUGAAAACAAUACCUAAUUCAGGAAUCUUUAAACAAAAAAUAAAACAGUGGCUGUUGUUGCUAAGUAACAGAAUCUAAUAUUUGAUAGGGCAAUUUAGUAAAUAAAUAUCUUUUAAUAACAUAAUUGUCUAGAAAUUUCAGGAAGGUGUUAGCAUUACUGUUCUGAAAUAGUAAAAAAGGGAAUCUAAAAAAUUAUGGAAAAGCAGGACAAGAGCUUGUAUGCUGGAAGGGUGGACAAGUACACAAACCUUUCUUGUACUUUACAUUGCUUUUAGAGAGCUCAGUCUAAGCAGGUCUAUUUCUUGUUAUUGCUUCUUCCAUGAACUGUGUAAGUAUAAAGGUAUAUGUGGGAAGUUA